AAGUUCCCCGGACCCAUAACUCUCAUCGCUCUUGUAAAGUUCCCAAAGUUCACAAAGCACCGCUGGAAGAAUCUAAGGAUCUAACUAGAAGACAAGCAACAGUCAAUGCCUCGUCUCUCUGAAGCAGUUUUGGGUAGUAGAGAAAUUAGAACAUUGAGCAUGGAAAUAUGUGGAGGAGUGGAUGUGAGGAUGACCAUGGUUCUCAGAUGCGGCACGGGCCUUUCUCCCAUUAAUUCUGCUCUGGUAGCGCAAUUGCAGAGCUCACGGUUCUGUGAUGAUGGAUUUUGCAAGUUGCGGAGGUUUGCAGUGGGUGGAAUUCGACCUUUGAGGAUAGAGUCCCAUCAAAAUGUCGUGCGGAGUUCGAUUGGAGGUGUCCGAGAAGUCAUCGAACGUGAUUCAGUUGAACCGAGCAGUGAAUUCAUAAGGGAAGCUCUGUCAGACCUCGUGCGCCAAUCGGCUAUGUCCAAUGGUUCAAGGUCUCCUGAAGUAUCGCUACGGGAAGGACGAUGGGUGAAGCUUAUCUGUGGAGCAAGCUUCGAGGAUGUGGUGGACAUACGCAAUCUUUCACUUGUAUAUACGUUGGCUGGGGUUGACUGCAUCGACUGUGCGGCCGAUUCUGCUGUUGUUGCUGCUGUUUUGGAGGGAGUUACGGCUGCUCAACAUCUUGCUCGCCACCUCAUUGCUUCUGAGAUUCCCAUCAUACGAAGACCUUGGAUAAUGGUCAGCAUAAAUGACGAUGAAGACCCGCAUUUCAGAAAAGCGGAAUUUGAUCCAGGGCUGUGUCCAACGGAUUGUCCGCGUCCAUGCGAGCGUGUAUGCCCUGCUGCUGCCAUUGCAUUUAAAGCAUCUGCAGUUGAGGAACGAUGUCAAUCAAGCUUUUUACCAGAAACAGGACAUGUAAUGCAACAUUCUGGCUUUCGAUCGGACGGUGUUAUUACAGAGCGCUGUUACGGAUGUGGACGCUGCCUUUCCGUAUGCCCGUUGAACCUUAUUUAUACCAGGACAUAUGUGAGGGAGUUGGAAGCUGUUGCCAAUCUUUUAAGAAGCAGCGACAUCGACGCAAUUGAAAUACACACGGGUGCAGGACAUUUGGAAUCCUUUCAUAGAUUGGUGGGAGAGCUCUCCGACGCAUUACUAUCUCUCAAACUUAUUGCUGUGAGUGUGCCAGAUUUAGGCGACUCUAUGGUUCCAGCAUUAGCAACCAUGUAUCAAAGCUUGCGACCUGUCCUCAAAGGUCUAAAUCUUUGGCAGUUGGAUGGUCGGCCUAUGAGUGGCGACAUAGGCGCGGGUGCAACUAGGGCAGCAGUUUCUCUUGCUGCAAAUGUAGCAGCCUCAAAAGAUCGCCCUCCAGGUUAUCUUCAGCUGGCAGGUGGAACAAAUGCCCACACUGUCAAGUCUCUGAAAAGAGAAGGGCUCUUUCAGACCCCACAUGACGAUGAUGCAACCAUCGCAGGAGUGGCCUACGGUGGUUAUGCUAGAAAGAUCGUGACCAAGUAUCUUGAGAGGGUACAACAAUAUCAUGAAAUGUGGGAUUGCAGACGCUCGAUGUCAGGGGGAGCAAGUUUGUCAGUUACUGGCAUAGAGCAGUGCCUUCCUUUGUUGCUUGGUGCACUUCGGGAAGCAACUGACUUGGUGGGCCCUUUCAAAGGUACACCGAGACAGCAUUAAUGUACAUAUGAUUCUGACAAUUUAUAUUUGCAUGUGAUAUGAUACAUUUAAUCAUUAGCGCCAGUGAUAGACAGCAUGUCAAGAACAGAAGCUUGUCCGGUUUCAACUUCGAAGAAUUCGACGUCGUUUAUUGCACGUCUCCACUGUCAGAUAUAGAGCACAUCCACUGUCGAUUUCAUCAGUUCCAUAGCACACUCGACAUUUGUACCAGGCACUACCAGCAAAACGGUAAUUCGUAAAUUGAUAUUUGCUACGCAA